UUUUUUUUUUCUUUUGGUCUUCUUUUUUUCCCCCUUCCCUGUUUAUCCUGAAAAGGAUCUGAAGCCAGCGUGAAGGAUAAAAAGCCUUGGUGCUGCCCAGGAGCCGAGCCGAGCAGCAGAAGAGGAAGAGCCGGGGGCUGCCGUUGCCUUUGGAGAUGGACGAGCAGCCCAGGCUGAUGCAUUCCCAUGCUGGGGUCGGGAUGGCCGGGCACCCCGGCCUGUCCCAGCACUUGCAGGAUGGGGCCGGAGGGACCGAGGGGGAGGGCGGGAGGAAGCAGGACAUUGGAGACAUUUUACAGCAAAUUAUGACCAUCACAGACCAGAGUUUGGAUGAGGCGCAGGCCAGAAAACAUGCUUUAAACUGCCACAGAAUGAAGCCUGCCUUGUUUAAUGUGUUGUGUGAAAUCAAAGAAAAAACAGUCUUGAGUAUCCGGGGAGCCCAGGAGGAGGAGCCGACAGACCCCCAGCUGAUGCGACUGGACAACAUGCUGCUGGCCGAGGGGGUGGCGGGCCCCGAGAAGGGUGGUGGCUCGGCGGCGGCGGCAGCAGCGGCGGCGGCUUCGGGGGGCGCGGGCUCCGACAACUCAGUGGAGCACUCUGACUACAGAGCCAAGCUGUCCCAGAUCAGACAGAUCUACCACACGGAGCUGGAGAAGUACGAGCAGGCAUGCAACGAGUUUACCACCCACGUGAUGAACCUCCUGCGGGAGCAGAGCCGGACCAGGCCCAUCUCCCCAAAGGAGAUUGAGCGGAUGGUCAGCAUCAUUCACCGCAAGUUCAGCUCCAUCCAGAUGCAGCUCAAGCAGAGCACAUGCGAGGCCGUCAUGAUCCUGCGCUCCCGGUUUCUGGAUGCACGGCGGAAGAGACGGAACUUCAACAAGCAAGCGACGGAAAUCCUGAAUGAAUAUUUCUAUUCCCAUCUCAGCAACCCUUAUCCCAGUGAGGAAGCCAAAGAGGAGCUAGCCAAGAAGUGUGGCAUCACAGUGUCCCAGGUAUCAAACUGGUUUGGAAAUAAGCGAAUCCGGUACAAGAAGAACAUAGGUAAAUUUCAAGAGGAAGCCAAUAUUUAUGCUGCCAAAACGGCUGUCACUGCUACCAAUGUGUCAGCCCAUGGAAGCCAAGCUAACUCACCCUCGACUCCUAACUCAGCUGGUUCUUCCAGUUCUUUUAACAUGUCAAACUCUGGAGAUUUGUUCAUGGGCGUGCAGUCACUCAAUGGGGACUCUUACCAAGGGGCCCAGGUUGGAGCCAACGUGCAGUCACAGGUGGAUACCCUUCGCCAUGUUAUCAGCCAGACAGGAGGAUACAGUGACGGACUCGCAGCCAGUCAGAUGUACAGUCCGCAGGGCAUCAGUGCUAAUGGAGGUUGGCAGGAUGCUACUACCCCUUCAUCAGUGACCUCCCCUACAGAAGGCCCUGGCAGUGUUCACUCUGAUACCUCCAACUGAUCUCCCAGCAAUCGCAUCCCGGCUGACCCUGUGCCCCAGUCGGGACAGGGCCAGGAGGGAGGGUUUCUCUCCCAACGCUGAAGCGGUCAGACUGGAGGUCGAAGCAAUCAGCAAACACAAUAAGAGUCUCCUUCUCUUCUCUUCUUUGGGAUGCUAUUUCAGCCAAUCUGGACACUUCUUUAUACUCUCUUCCCUUUUUUUUCUGGGUAGAAGCCACCCUUCCCUGCCUCCAGCUGUCAGCCUGGUGUCCGCCAUCUUUCCUGCCCCCUCCCGCUCUGUCCUAGACUCCCUGGGUCCCUGCCCUCAAUGACAUCACGGAAGGGUAUUUUCAACAAUUAGAGAAAUUUAAAGAGGAAAGAAAAUAAUAAACGUGUUUGUAUGUUUUCAUGCUGGUGGUUUGAGGAGCCAAAUUUACCUCACUCGGAUCCCUCGCUCCCUCUGUUAACAGGCAGCCCUUCUCGUUUCUCUUCUUACUCUCACUACCUCUUAGCAGGAAUGCGCCACGUUGCCCCACUCAUUCCAGGCCCCCUGCCCCCUCUUGCUGUUCCCUCCCUGGGCCGGUUCUGCUUAGAACCCUUCUUCCUCUUCCUUCCCAGCCCCAGCUGUGCCCCGGGGACUGCCAUAGCUGGGCUUCUAAAGGUGCCACGUUUUCCGGUCUCAGGUCCACUAGGUUGAUCCCCAGGCAGGAAGUCGAGCAGCAGGAGAGGACGUAAGCAACAAGAAGGGCAGAAUUCUUGGAGGCUUCCUCCUCCUUCUCCUAACAGCUCUUGGGUUUCAGAGGCACAGUCUUUGGAGACCACGUCACACAUAGUAAGCAAUGUCCUGAACCUACUGCAAAGCCAGAUCUGAGUGGGCGUGGUGAUGAAUGAACCACUAAGGAGUAGAAGGUUCUUAUCCUGCAACCCUUCAACUAAACCUCACACACACACACACACACGUGCGCGUGCACACCCAAGCACAUGUCAGCGCAUGCGCGGCCUCAAACAUUCAUUUCCUCCCCAUCAGUCACGGGCCACCUGCAAAGACCCACAUUAGCGACGGUAGCAAUUUGCCUCGUGAGCCCAGGAGAGGGAAUUAGCAACUCUGAGUGAAGGUCACCGACACAGACACAGUAUGUGCCUGGGGCUUCCAGGACCUGCGGCCCCCCAGCAUGGCCAUACACCAGAACGACAUACAUGGGACUUGAUCAUGAUGGAGGAGGCCAGGUUGGCCGCCCACGCUGUUCCUGUUGCCACCACCUCUGGAGCGCUCAGGGAGCCACACACAGUACUUACAAUGUCUGUAAUGGA